GAAAACAUUGAGAAAGGAUAAUAGUAGUACGCGGCGCCGUUUUGGAAGUGAGGUGUCUGUGACUGUGAACCCUCUUCAAAUCCCUGCUUCCUCGUUGAACAGAGUCUCCGUCGUCCCUGUUUGUCUGUUGGCCGCACGAACGAUGUUUCGCAGGAUCGGGUCCCAUCGUACAGCCUUGGCGUGGACCCAUAAUGCAUUCCGAGCUUCCUCCCAAGUUGUCUCCUCCGAAACGCGUAUUCUCACGCGCCGCCACGCCCCAAAUCGACUCCUCCCGUGCUUUCUAGGAACCCGAGAAGACCAUGGAUCAACCUCCUUUGCAAGGUUCAUUUCUUCAAAAGCAUCAAAUGAACGGCGGAAAAGUACAGAUAAGACCAGAAAGGACAUAACAAAUGUUGAGGAUCCCUUUGAUGCUCCGACAUAUAAUAUUCCGGAGAAGCCAGUAACAUUUGUGGAGGGGGCAUCCUACAGUGUCAUCAUUCUUGCAGGGCUUGGAGUUGCAGUUGCUGCGGGAUAUGCUGUUUUCAAGGAGCUUAUAUUUCAACCCAAGGAGUACAAGAUCUAUAGCAAGGCUCUCAAAAGAAUUCAAGAUGAUGGUCAGGUCAGAGUGAGGAUUGGAUCCCCAAUAACAGGUUAUGGCCAGGAGAGUAGAAAUCGUGCUGCCCGCCAAAGAAUUCCGAACAGGGUAUGGACUGAUGAAGAUGGUGCUGAGCACGUAGAGGUUAAUUUCUAUAUCCGGGGGCCCCAUGGACAUGGAAAAGUAUUCUGUGAGAUGUUCAAAGGUCCAGCUGACAAUGAAUGGAAGUUCACAUACUUGAUUGUUGAGAUUAGAGCACCUUCCCCAGCACAAUUAAUUCUGGAAUCAUAUAUUCCAGCUUACAAUGCAAACAAGUAGCUAGAUGAGAAAAGGUUUUUGAUAUUUGGUCUAUUACUGGAGGCUGCAUUUUUUCAGCGGUCAGCAUUGACCAUCUUAGCCAGUCCAUGUUCCGUGAGGGACUGAAAGUUUGAAAGAAGGAAAGACCAUUAAAGAAGUUUAAAAUAAUAUGAGAAACUGGAUCCCAAAUCUCAAAUCUCAGGUUCAGUAUUUUUUUUCUUUUCAUUUUGGACCUGCAGAUGAGGAACAGUUUUGGGCAAGGAUCUUAGUAACGAUGACCAAAGAGAUUACUUUGUCCUUGAUAGCAAUUGAGAAUGCCAUCUAUUUCCAAUUUGUUUUUCCGGUCGAUUCCACAUAGCUUGGUUUGUGAAGUACAUUGAGUAGCUCGAAGUAGCAUGCUAAAUUUUUAAGGAUGAAUAUAAGAUUUGAUGUUCCUUGUUACCGCAGAGAUACUAAGAAUGUUAGACUAAUUCCACCUAAAUUUGACACACCAACAAGAAUCAAU